AUGGAACUGAGCAAAAGGUCGAACUGUUAUGAGGCAGAAUACACUGCCAACGAGUUAGCAAUAGCGGCUCAAAGAAGAGAUAAAAACACAUUACAUAAUAUUAUUCAACAAUUAAUAGAAACUGGAAAUACUGGAAUAUUGAAUGAAUCAAAUGCACUUCACUGGUCAGUUUAUUAUAGGUGGGAUGAUGUUUCUAUUCACUUGUUAAGUUUGGGUUGUGACCCAUUUAUGGGAGAUAUUAAUGGAGAUACUACCGUACAUUACUGUAUUAAAUCUGGAAACUUCUCCAUGCUAAAGUAUUUAUAUGAAAAACAUGGAAACAAAAUUUUCUAUGUUAAAAAUAGGAAUCAGUUUGGACUGAUGCUUACCGCUGCAUCAGAAGUGGCUGAAGGAAAAGUUCAGGAUUUACUUAGAGUGAUGGAAUGGCUAUAUCUUCAAGGUUAUUCUCUUGAAGAGCAGGAUAUUUUAGGCCAGACUCCUUUAUUCUGGGCAACUAAAAGAGGAAAUUAUGGCAUUAUUCAAUGGUUAAUAAGCCAUGGAGCAAAUAUUGGACAUAGAGAUCAUAAGGGAAAUACAUUACUACAUGCUGCUUGCUCAGGAGAUAUUGAUGAUGAAACUCUUAGCUUUUUAUGCGACUUGGGUCUCAUUCACCUAUUAACUCAUUCAAAUUACGAAAACCCAGCUGUUGGUAAUACUGCUUUUCAGAUCUGUUGGACAAGAAAGAAUUAUUGGUUAGCAUUAAUGCUUAAUUUUUGGUAUUAUCAUAACAAGUUAUUCGGAAGGAUUUCUUUGCUUAGAAACCCAUACGCCGUUUACUACUGGUUUAUUUCUAUUUUGAAUUUGAUGGUGGUUUUUAUCAUGGUCAGUACUCUUAAAUUAUACAGAGAAUUUUUGGGUGGAAUUGAUCUGAGCUAUUUCUACAUUUGGUUCAUUUUCUUUGGGGCAGCCCAGCUAUUUUGGAUAUUAUCAAACAUUGGAAAUGCUAAUUAUGUAAAACAUCCAAUUUAUCAGAAAAUAAUCUCCAAACUUCCUCGCGAUAAACUGCUUUUAUUAGAGUCACAUGGACUUUACUUGCCUUUGUUAACCCCACAGGCAAAUAAAUUGGGCAAGAACUCCAGUAUUUAUCAGUUAAUGCUUAAAGAAAAUGAACAGGUUCAGCUUAAUAAUCAACUUAUUGACAUGAACAGACUCGUAUUUAAUGGCGAUCAUCUUAAUAUUAACAAAUAUAGGGAGCAAUAUAAUAACCAAAUUAGUAGACAGAUUGAACUUUCUAAUGAAAUUGUUGGUUUAAUGCCUUUUGUUGCUAAGGAAAGACAAUCCAAUAAUUCAAAAAUUUAUAUUGAUAUUGUUGAAGGAAGGUCCAUUAAUUCUACUGCUCCAAUUCUACCAAAAAUAUGUGUUACAUGCAGAACAGAAAGGCCAUUUAGAGGACAUCAUUGUUCAGAUUGUGGGUAUUGCAUAUUGAGGUUUGAUCACCAUUGCGUAUGGAUUGAUUCUUGCGUUGGAUAUGGGAACCAAAGGGCAUUCUUCUUCUUUCUAAAGUUCCUCACAAUCUCUUUCUUUUUAUAUUACUACUUAUUCCAACAGUAUUGCUCUCUCAGAUUUCAGUUCUCGGCAUCUCUCAAAAAAAUCUCGUCUACUGAUUUAAAUAAUAACUGGUUCACAAUUCAGACUGGAGACCUCUUCCUUGGAGUUGGUGACACUGAGGGAAUCCAUUUCCAUGAGAAGGUCUAUUAUUUCAUGACAUCUGAUCCCUGGUUUGCUCUUAUAAUGUUCAACAGUAUCAUGAAUAUCCCGUGGAUGAUUUUUGUAUUGUACCUAUUUGCCAGGCAUAUUAAAUCAAUCAUGUCUAACGUAACAUUUUAUGAAUAUUAUAAGAAACCUGAAGCAAUCAAGAAGAGAUUUGCUGGACGUAAUACUGAAGGAUUCUGCUACGAUAUGCAAGGGAGGACAUUUCCCGUUUGUAUUCGAAGCAUUUUUGCCUAUUUUACUAAGAAUAACUCCUGGGAUAAUUUGGACUUCUUUACAAAUAUUAGACAACCUGAGAAAAUUUUAGGCAAUCCUUCAAUAUCUAUUCCUAUUGAAAGUAAUGUUCCAUAUCAGAAUUUAUCUCAGAUUCCUCCAAAUAAUGAUAUUGCAGUAAUUAAUGAGAACGGAAAUCUUGCACCAAACAUAUUUCCUUCUCACAUUUCUACAAACCAUUCAUACCAUCAUUCCCAAUUUAAUUUCCCUUCCAACUCAUCUUCAGCUUAUUAUCAAGUUAACCCAUAUGCUGGGAGUCAUCUAUAUAAUUAA